AUGUCGCUCGAUGAACAACAAACCGAGAAACUAAUGCCGAUGAGCAAAAAAAGUCAAGAUGGUGGAAAGAGUGAUAAGCCAGAGAAGAAAAUAGAACCGUAUGGCUGUUGUUGUUUUAAGCCAAGAUGCUUGCAGUUCUUCAAUACCAUACAAUGGAACGUUUUUUGGCAGUGUGUAUUCAAUUUCUUUGAAGGAUUCAUUGUUAAUGGUGUCGUUAAUGUCAUCAUUCCGGCAUUGGAGAAGAGAUACAGUCUCUCUAGCAAACGGUCUGCCAUCAUUGCCUCAGCAAAUGACUUUGGAGCUUUUGUUUUCUUCCUUUUUGUGGGAUACAUAGGCGAACGUGUGCACAAACCUAAAUUAAUGGCCGCUGGUGUUCUUGUGAUGUCACUUGGAAGCUUUUUGUUUCUGUUACCACAUUUUAUUGGAGAAAAAUAUCACUUUACUUUGUCAGAUAGCAAUGCUAAGGACAAUGAAACAGAUGCUGUGUGCAGCUUAAACCACGCCUCCGGCUCUACACAAUGCAAAGCCAAGGAUGCUCAGACGUCUUCCUAUACCGAGUAUUACGCCAUGUUUAUCCUCGGACAAAUGUUCCACGGUAUCGGGGCAGUACCCAUGUUUACUAUUGCACUUGCAUAUAUUGAUGAAAAUUGCAAACAGAAAAUGACAUCUCUUUAUGUCUCGUUGACAUUUUGUUGCGCUGCUGUUGGUGUUGCUGUGGGCUACAUUGUCGGAGGACAAACCUUGGGAUUAUUCGUCGACAUUGAUAAAGUUCCCUCAGAUUCUGUCGGACUAACUCCAGAUGACCCCCAGUGGGUCGGGGCCUGGUGGAUAGGUAUCGUCGUAAGCUUUUUUGCUUUCUUCUUCAUCUUUUUACCAACACUAGGAUUUCCCAAGCGUCUUCCAGGAUAUGAUGAUUUGCAAAAACAGAAAGUAUCUGAAGCAUACAAUUCGGGAGAUUCGGAAGCAACUACGAGACCUGAUUUUGGGACAAAAAUCAAAGACAUUCCUAAAGCAAUAUGGCUUCUGCUGAAGAAUCCUACAUACGUGUUCAUUGUACUUGGAGCAACAAUCGAGUUAAACGUAGUUGGAGGCACUGCGGUGUUUGGAGCAAAGCUUAUACACGUCCUAUUUAACGUAGAUUUAACAACAGCUGGAAGUGUUAUGGGGAUUAUAACCAUUCCUGGAUCUGGAGGAGGCAUGCUUUUAGGGGGUUACCUGCCCAAGAAAUUACAACUUCGCUGUCCUGGUAUCCUCAAACUCUGUUUCAUCUGCAUGGCUACCUGUCUUUUGUUUGCGCCCACAUUUCUGAUCAAUUGUCCAGAUCAGCCAAUCUUUGGCUUGGACACACCAUACUCUGGAGAAAGUUCAGUGUCCGAUUUGAAAGCAGUUUGUAAUAAGGGCUGCGGAUGUACUACGUCAGCAUUUGAACCAAUCUGUGGCAUAAAUCACACAGUGUAUUUUUCACCAUGUCAUGCAGGUUGUACAAACGUCACUACUGUCGGAGGGGUAAAGUCAUUCUUCAACUGUUCGUGUAUUGACUCUCCCAGAAAUGAGUCUGCGGCUGUUGACGGUAGCUGUUCAGAGAGAUGCCCUUGGUUUUAUGCCUUCUGUGUCUUAUUAUUUUGCAUCAUGUUUUUUACCUUUAUGACAAUGUCUCCAGUUGUGACUUCAAUAUUCAGAUGUGUACCUGACAACCAGCGGUCCUUAGCGCUGGGUAUCCAGCUUCUAAUUGGACGUCUAUUAGGAACUACUCCAGGACCGGUUUUGCUUGGAUACAUUAUUGACAGUGCUUGCACAAUUUGGCAAGAGGACUGUGGAGAAAAGGGUUCCUGUUGGACGUACAACAAACAUGAUUUAGGCAUGCGCAUCAUGAUUUGGUGGUUAGCUUUAAAGGCUUUGGGAGUUAUAUUUUUCUUCACUGCCUUUAAACUUUACAAGCCCCCACCGGAACAGGAAAAUAAUCAAAGCGUGGAAAUAGCUACAAUACAAAGCAACACAGACGGAGUAUCGACUAAACUAUAAAGGAGUUUAAGAAGGCAUUUUCAAAAAUAUAAUAAAUUGAACACAUCUUGCUGCAUAAAACUAUUAUUAAAUUAUCACAAAUGACAAUCUUUCACUUGAAAGUCUCUAUUUGAUAACAUCAUUUUAUGUACUUUGGUCUUCGUUUCAUUUCUUUGACUUUCAAAUGAUUCCGAAGUUUUUGAACAAUUACAUAUAUAAACGUUGCUAUGG